AUGGUGCAGAGGACAAAAUUAACCAAAACUGGUAAAGGCGCAACCAAAAAGGACUACCAAAACAACAACGACAAGGCUAACGAAACCAAAUCUUGGAAAAAUACUAGUAUUAUAGUGGCAUGUUUAGCAAUAUGUACUUAUUUUUAUCAAUCUGAUUUCUUAAAGGGUAAUAGACAACAAUUCCAUUAUGAAGUACCAACUUUAAAUAGAUUCGAUGAAAUUAAAUCCACCAAGGAUCAAAUUGAAACCAUGUUCUUACAAUCUUGGUUAGAUUAUUCCACCAAAGGUGGUUGGGGGUAUGAUAUUUAUCAUCCACUUUCACACACUGCUAAAAAUAUGCCUCAAUCGAACCAACCAUUAGGUUGGAUUAUCGUCGAUUCCAUAGAUACCAUUAUGUUAAUGUAUAAUUCUACUUCAUUAUACAAAGAUAUUUUCCAAAAUGAAAUAUUAAGAAUUGAAAAUUGGAUUAAGAAUGAUUUAUCUUAUAAAGAUAUUGAUUCUGAAGUUAAUGUUUUCGAAACUACUAUUAGAAUGUUAGGUGGAUUACUUUCCGCAUAUCAUUUAUCAUCCUUGGAAUUCCAAAUACCUGGUUCCAAUCCAACGAUUUAUUUAGAAAAAGCUAUUGAAUUAGCUGAUUGUUUGACUCCUGCAUUCAUACAAUCACCCACGGGGAUCCCAUAUUCAAGUAUUAAUUUGAAAACAGGUCAAGCUAUUAAAAAUCAUCAAGAUAAUGGUGCCUCAUCAACUGCUGAAUUCACCACAUUACAAUUAGAAUUCAAAUAUUUAGCAUACUUGACAAAAAAUAAAACAUACUGGGAAUUAGUGGAAAAUGUAUUCCCGCCGUUAUAUCAUAAUAAUGAUAUUUUAUCCCAGGAUAAACUCGAUGGUUUAGUUCCAAUCUAUACUUUCCCCGACACAGGUCAUUUCUUUACUGAAAAUAUUAGGUUAGGUUCACGUGGUGAUUCAUUUUACGAAUAUUUAUCUAAACAAUUCUUACAAACAAAUCAACCUCUUUAUAACAUCUUAUACCGUCAUUCUGUAAAUGGUAUCAAAAGACAUUUAGUCAAUAAGACACAUACAUCAAAUGAAUUGACUUAUAUUUCUGAGAAACCAAUGGGUCUAACUGCACCAUCUUCACCUAAAAUGGAUCAUUUAGUUUGUUUCCUUGGUGGUACCAUGGCCAUGGGCGCUACUCGUGGGUUACCAAUCAACAAGGCAAGAGUACAACCAUGGUGGAUUGACGCUAAAGAUGAUAUGGAAUCUGAUUGGCUUUUAGCUCAAGAAUUGACUAGGACAUGUUAUGAAAUGUAUCAUCAAUCUCCUUCUGGGUUGGCUCCUGAAAUUGUAGUGUUUAAUGAUGGGUCCGUACAGUAUGAAUUUGAUGAGGAUCAGGAUUUUAUAGUGAAACCAUUAGAUAGACAUUGUUUGCAAAGACCUGAGACUGUAGAAUCAAUCAUGUUCAUGUACCACCUAUCGAGUAACGAAGAAGAGGAUGAUGAAGCUAAGAAGUAUCAAUAUCGAAAAUGGGGUCAAGAAAUUUUAAAUUCAUUCAAUGAUAAUUCUUGUAUAGAUUGUGAGAUACCAAGUGAGAAAAGGUUUACAAGUUUAGAUGAUUGUUGGUCUAUACCAACUGUUAAGAGAGAUAAUUUAGAAAGUUUUUGGCUGGCUGAAACUUUGAAAUAUCUAUAUCUUUUAUUCGACGACGAAUUUGAUACAACGAAAUUGACUCAAUGGGUAUUUACCACUGAAGCUCAUCCUCUUCCCGUGUUAUCACCAGAAGAAUUAACAAACAUGGGACUAACAACUACCUGGUCUUUAUGA